ACCAUUUCCUUUUUGUGUGCGAAGCUUUAUCUUUGAUGUCUCUAUUGGGUUCUGUGGCCACGUUGAUUCUGGUUUCUUGAGUCGUCCUCCAACGCUGCAGUCUUUUCUGUAUGUUAUCCGAUUAUAUUUGAGUAAUUUCAAUUUACUGUUGAUUGAGCACUUGAUUGAUACGUUGAAUUUUGUUAUUUGAUUGCUGUUAUAUCAUGUUAGUUUGCUCAAUUGAGUGAUUAAUCAGUUGGUAUGAACUAGGGCAAGUUAAUCGAUGGAAUUCGUAUAUUUUUUUCAUGUAUAGUUUUUUAUGAUCGAGCUGUUAUUGCUACAUAUGAAUUAUGAUCGCGAUAACCCCUGACCUCAGGGUUUGGGGUUUUGUGUUGAUACUAUUGGGCUGAAGUCCGUAUGGAUGAUCAUAUGGAUCUAUUAUGCUUAUCGUUCUCCUUUUUGUUUGAUGGGUUUACUGAAAGCUUAUUGAUUUGAUUUAUUUUGGUUGUUUUAUAUGAAUAUUUGGAGAUAUGAAAGUUCCAGAACUACUCGGUGCUUUUCUUCGGAGAUUACUCCAUGUUCCAUACUAUCUGAUCACUGCAAUUAUUCUUUUGUUCAAUGAACUUGCUAAGCUUUAUUCAAUCUUGAGACCCCUUGGGACCAACGGCCGAUCAAUGGGGUGGGGAAACAUCUACAAGAGACGAAUGAAGGUUUUCUCUUUGGCAUUUCUCAUCUAUGUGGAUUACAAGGCCUUGCAGCAGAGGGAGAAAAUAACAAAAAGGUCAAAACGAGACAUUUUAUGGGAGAAAGCUCAUGAGCGCAAUGCUAAACGUGUCCUUAAGUUAAUUGUGGAGUUGGAAGGUUUGUGGGUGAAAAUGGGACAAUAUUUAUCGACUCGUGCUGAUGUGCUUCCUAAUGCCUACAUACGCCUUCUAAAGCAAUUACAAGACUCUCUUCCUCCUCGCAGUGUAGAAGAGAUAGCUCAAGUGCACCGUGCAACUCUACAUGAUGGGCGGGAGGUGGUUGUUAAAGUCCAGCAUGAGGGCAUCAAAACUAUAAUCUUGGAGGACUUGAAGAAUGCAAAAUCAAUAGUGGACUGGAUAGCUUGGGCAGAACCCCAGUAUGACUUCAACCCUAUGAUUGAUGAAUGGUGCAGGGAAGCGCCCAAAGAAUUAGAUUUUAACCAUGAAGCUGAAAAUACUAGAAAAGUCUCUAGAAAUCUAGGCUGCAAAAAGGAAGGUCUUGACAGAAGACCUGAACAUGUGGAAGUAUUGAUACCAGAAGUUAUUCAGUCAACUGAGAAGGUCCUCGUUUUAGAGUAUAUGGAUGGGGUACGUUUAAAUGAUACUCAUGCCCUAGAAGAACUUGGUGUUGAUAAACAGAAGCUUGUUGAAGAAAUUACACGUGCAUAUGCACAUCAAAUUUAUGUUGAUGGAUUUUUUAAUGGAGAUCCUCAUCCGGGUAAUUUUCUUGUGAGUAGAGAACCUCCCCAUCACCCAAUUUUGCUUGAUUUUGGGCUUACAAAGUUGCUGUCAAGCUCUGUGAAACAUGCUUUAGCGAAAAUGUUUCUGGCGGCCGCAGAGGGUGAUCAUGUGGCUCUUUUGUCUGCAUUCGCUGAAAUGGGACUUAAGUUACGUCUGGACAUGCCAGAGCAGGCUAUGGAGGUAACAAAUGUGUUCUUCCGUGCUACCACUCCAGCAACGGAAGCUCUUGAAAACAUGAAAUCAUUGGCAGAGAAAAGAGCGAAAGGCAUGAAAAUUAUACAGGAAAAGAUGAAACUUGACAAGAAAGAAGUUAAACGCUUUAAUCCUAUUGAUGCUUUUCCAGGAGACAUUGUAAUUUUCUCGAGGGUCCUUAAUUUACUCAGAGGGCUUUCAUCCACGAUGAAUGUUCGCAUAAGCUAUCUAAGUAUCAUGAGACCGUUUGCUGAAUCUGUUUUGCAAAGCAACAUGAGUAAUGGACCAUCGAUGAAUGCAAAAUGGUUAUGUGAGAGUCCAGUCCAUUCUGAUGUAGAGGAAAAGCUGAGGCAUUUCUUGGUUGAAUUAGGAAAUGCUGAUAGAAUACUUGGAAUCCAGGUUUGUGCCUACAAAGACGGGCAAGUGAUCAUUGAUACAGCAGCUGGGGCGCUGGGAAAAUACGAUCCUCGACCAGUUCAGCCUGAUUCUUUGUUCCCUGUUUUCUCUGUGACUAAGGCCGUCACAGCAGGAAUGUUACAUUGGCUGGUUGAUAAAGGGAAAUUGAAGCUUGACGAAAAUGUUUCAAAUAUUUGGCCGGAGUUUGGUACAAAUGGAAAAGAUCAAAUAAAGGUACAUCAUGUACUUAAUCAUACAUCUGGUCUACAUAAUGCUCUUGCCAACAUUUAUCAAGAAGAUCCUAUGUUGUUUUGUGAUUGGGAUGAGUGUCUAAAACGCAUUACUUUGGUCGCUCCAGAGACUGAACCUGGUCGUGAACAGUUAUAUCAUUAUCUUUCAUAUGGUUGGCUAAGUGGUGGGAUCAUUGAGCAUGCAUCUGGGAAGAAGUUUCAAGAUGUCCUUGAGGAAGCUUUUGUUCGCCCACUUAAUGUUGAGGGCGAGCUUUAUAUAGGGAUUCCUCCUGGUGUGGAAUCUCGUCUUGCAACUCUUACGCUAGAUACGAGUGAGCUCAGUCGCUUUUCCAGCCCUUCCACAGGACCAGGCGUCUCCUCCACCCUGCCUUCUUCAUUCUCGUUCGACACGAUUACAGGCCUUGCUCCCGUAUUCAACACCCUAAAUGUCCGCCGUGCCAUACUACCUGCCGCCAAUGGACACUUCUCGGCUCGUGCAUUGGCCCGCUACUAUGCCGCCCUCGUGGAUGGCGGCAUGGUCCCACCUCGCCACUCUCCUUCUUCCCUGCCGCCACUUGGAAGCCACCCUCACCACCCUUCAUUCCCUUCCAAAAAAACCUCCAAGAAAGAUGGAAACAAGAAAGAUUCAAACAAUUCUAACUCCAAUACCGACAGUUACACCACAAAUCCCAAAUCCGAUCUUUACAUCAGAAUCCCAGAAACUGACAACACAAGUGAAGAUUCCAACGCUAAAAUCUUUACCAACCCAAAACCAAAAAUUCAUGACGCUUUCUUGGGAAGUGGAGAUUAUAAGGAUUUAAUCCUCCCAAAUGGGAAAUUUGGGCUCGGGUUUAGGAGGGUUAAAACAACCGAUGGUUCUGUAAUCGGGUUUGGUCACUCCGGUAUGGGUGGAUCUACAGGGUACUGUGAUAUAAACAACAGGUUUGCUAUUACUGUGACUCUAAACAAGUUGUCGUUCGGCAGUUUGACGGCGGAGAUAAUCCGGUUUGUUUGCUCGGAACUUAAUCUUCCUGUACCAGAAGACUAUGCAGGAUCUAGGAAGUUCCUUGAGAAGCCAGUGAUCAAUUAAAGGAGGUUUGAUCUAAACCUGCUCAUAUACAUAUACUUGAGCGAUAUUUGACGUAAACAUUAUCAUACGUGUAUCUCUGAAACAAUUUUGAGUUGAAACUGCUUAACGAACUAUAGAUUUGUUGUAAAUCGAACGUAUAAAGCUAUAUUCUCUUCACUCAUCUGCGUGUUACUUCUGUUACCAUUGUUCUUCUUGU